AUGGAGCUCAGUCCACUCCCUGUGAUGCUCUUGCUGAUUUCAUGCAUACCAGUAGCACAUCCUCAAGCAAAACCCAAACCGACUGUGAGAGUGAAUCCUCAGAGCUCCGUCUACACUGGAGACACCAUCACUCUGAGCUGUGAGCUGCAGCAGUCGACUGGAUGGGAGUUUCUCUGGUACAAAUAUAAUCAGCAGUUACAGCUUCUGAACACUGUAGCUAGAGACUCCAACACACUCAGUGUGACAGUCAAUAAGGCAGAAGAAACAGUGUACAAGUGUAUAGCACAUAGGCAAAACACAUUGGGAAACUCCUACACAAUGCUCAGUGAUCCAGUCAAGAUUACAGCGAGAGAGAGACCACGGGCAGUACUGAGUGUAUCUCCACAGAGCUGGCUGACUGAUGGAGACUCAGUGACUCUAAGCUGUGAGGUUACAGACUCCUCUACAGACUGGACAUUCAGCUGGUAUACAACUGUUCCCUACAGAAAUGGCUUAACUCAAAUAAAAAAUAAUCGUGGCUAUAUCAUGUAUGUGGAGCUCCUCUCAGACAGCAGCAGAGGAUCUGGAGGCUCCUACACUCUCAAUCCUGCUGCUCUUCAUCACACAGGAGUUUAUAUGUGCAGAGGAGAGAGAGGAGAACCAGCCGUUCACACACAGUACAGCAAUCCACAGCCACUAUGGAUCACUGGUGAAGCUCCUCCAUUCUCUCUGAUCAUCAAUCCCAGCAGAACUCAACACUUUACUGAUGACUCUCUCUCACUGAGCUGUGAGGACCAGAGUAACUCUACUGGAUGGACAGUGAGACGAUAUGCACACAAUCAGAGAGUGUCAGAUUGUUCACAGUGGGGAUCAGUUACAGGAUCUACAUGUAAAAUCAGUUCCAUCCAUACAUUUCACUCUGGAGUUUACUGGUGCCACUCAGAAUCUGAAGGUAGCAGUAAUCCUGUCAACAUCACAGUGUAUGAUGGUGAUGUGAUCCUGGAGAGUCCUGUCCAUCCCAUGACUGAGGGACAUCCUCUGACUCUACGCUGUUUAUAUCGCUUCACAAAGCCCUCAAACCUCCGAGCUGAUUUCUAUAAAGAUGGAGCAGUUCUCCAGACACAGACUACAGGAGAGAUGAUCAUCCAAACUGUCUCAAAGUCGGAUGAAGGUUUCUAUCACUGUAAACACCCAGAGAGAGGAGAGUCACUGAAAAGCUGGCUCUCAGUCAGAUGUUCUAGAUCCAGUGGAAGAACAGUAGGAAUGGCUGUGGGACUGAGUUUGGCCUUUUUGUUUUUGUUCAUCUCUUUAAUGAUCUCAUUUAUCCUGCUGUGGUGCAGCAAAAGAAGGAAAGAAAAGCAGCAGAAAACCAAUCAGACAUCAGAGCAGAAUCAGAGCCGGUCAGGAGCUGAAGACUCUCAGUCACGACACACACCACUUCAGGCUGGUGCUGAUGCUGAACCCAGCGUUACUUUUGUGACUUACAUUGACGUUGAACUAAAACCGAUGAAUAAAAAAAAGAGAAUAAAAGAAAAGACCGGUGUGGGCAACGAUAUUGUCUACUCAGUGAUGAAGCAGAACAUGAAGUAAGACUCAUGACAUUUACAGUAUAAAUCUUAAAAUACAAACCAAACACCAUGAAAUAAGAAAUAUUUUUAAAGGUGCAUUGAGUGGAAUUUGACAACUAGCACUUUUCCAUGUACAUAAAACCCCACCUCAUAGAAAAUGUUUGGCCAGAAGAGUCCAUCCAUGUUAGUUUGGUAGCUGUCUAGAUAACUUUCCAUUUUCUCAUUCUACUUGGCCCAGCUAUGAACAUGCAAAAUACUAACACACCAAUUAAUAACUGAUUUGUUGCCCCGGUCACUGAUUCAAAAAGUUAGUAACAUCAAAAUCAAGCAAAAUCAAGAGAAAUGUAUUUAUAAAUGUAUUUAUGUGAUCUAUUUUUCUGUCUGCAGUGAACCAUAUAUGCUGAUGGAGCCAUAGUUAUCAGAUGGAUAGCUAGAAAACUGCAUUUUCUGUUUUGUUUUUUUUUUUUUUUUUCAAAAUGCGCAGCUGUUAGACUGCUAUUUUCUAAACUCGGCUGAUGAUAUACUGGUACAUGGCGCCAAAAAUCUGGAAAUAACAUGGAAAAUUUGCCAACAUCAUCCACUGACUGAUGAACCUGCAGGGGCCAAAACAUCAGUGUUUCCCAGGAGAUGUACUGUUUGUGAAAAUCAUGGAAGUGUUUCUCUUCUAUCAGUCCCAAUCUCUGGAACAGUGUUCAGACAUCAUCAGGAACGCAAUCCCUAUAUGAGUUUUUAAAUCCAGAUUUAUUAAAAGUUACCUAUUCAGCUUGGUUAUCUUGAUAAAUAUACUUCGUGAGUUGUAGUAAGUAUUAGUUGCAGUAAAUUUUUACAGUGUUUUUCACAGUUACUAAAAAUCACUCUUUUGUUUACAAAUUUUCAACUUGUCAUGCAGUGAGAACAGCAGCUUUUUUGGAUGUAAACAAUUGUAGGUCAGGGAUCUCAUUCAAACGUCAAGAUUUAAGGUCUCAGGGAGUUUUUCCUUGAUACUGUCACAUCUGGCUUGCUUACUAAGGAACUUAAACUAUACUUGGAUUUCUUUAAAGCUGCUUUGUAACAAUGUCUGUUAAGUGCACUAUACAAA